AUGACUGACGUCAGAGAGAAAGCGAAACGUCUGAAAGAAAAAGGCAAUGAAGCAUUCAAGAAGCGACUCUACUCCACGGCUAUUCGCGAGUACACAGACAGCCUGGAACUCUAUGCGGAUCCUGUCGUAUUCAGUAACAGAGCUCAGACUGAACUGAAUCAAAGUAUGUGGGUUCUGGCUCAAAUGGACUGCACGGAAGCCCUCAAACUUGAUCCGAGCCGAGAGCUGACUUCCAAAACCUUUUAUCGGCGCGCGCAAGCCUUCCGGAAGAUGGGACUCUUUGAAUUGGCGCUUAAAGACAUGGAGAAGUGCGUCGAGAUCGAGAACAAUGCGAACAAUCAAACGAAACGCGACGAAUUGAUUGGAAAGAAAAACGCGCAGUCGGUAAGCGUGUGCCCGGUCCAAAGGACCGAGUGCAUGCAGUCGACCGAACCGCUCAAAGAAGUUGCCAUUUCGUUCGACAAGUCCCUCUUCCCAACUGAGACUCCGAAGGAAAUUGUGAAGGAGCGACGGCCGAGACCGCAAGUGGACAGGCUUCCUGAUCCCCCGAGCAACUACCAAGAGUUCUCGGCAACAAUCGCAUUUCUGAGCAAGGAUCCCACACUUCUCGCAGAGUAUUUCUUGGUAAUCAUUACUCUAUUCACAGCUUGACCUCAUUGACUUUGCAGCAAAUCCCGGUCACCUCGUACCACCUGUUCAACGACGUUUUCGAUCACUCCGACUUCGCACUCACUUUCGAUUCGCUCGCCAAAUAUCUGCAAGCCGGCUUCGAGAUCGAAAAUCUUUACGAGCGUCUCCUCAUGAUGACUAACAUCCAUCGCUUCGACAUCACCAUCCUGAUGAUGAACGAAGAGGAACGCGAGAGAAUCCGCAUCCUCUGCGAUUAUUUGUCCGACGCCGAGGCCACAGACAUCAAGGAGAAGUUCUCCUGUUGA